AUGAAGUACUGCCUGCCUGAAGGCAUAGCCCCUGUCGCCAAACAGGAUCCCAUCAAUUGGAAAAUCCUUAGAGACUUUGAUGUGGGACAAAAAGCAGUGCUGUUAAAGCGUCUGAAGGAGUUCACUUUGAGUAACCCAGAUAUAGAUCAUAUUGGGAUUCUGGUUGCUGGACAAAUUGGAGCAGGCAAGUCCAGCUUUAUCAACUCUGUCACUAAUGUCUUUGAAGGACGGAUCACCAACAGCGCUCAGGUCAAUUCAUCUGCUACUGGUCGCAGUUUCACUGAAAAUUACAAAACUUAUCGUAUCAGAAGUGGGGGUGCCGAUUUGCCUUUUGUCUUGCGUGACGUAAUGGGCUUGGAACCAGAAAAAUUCGAAGGGUCUUCCGUCGAAGACAUUGUCAAUGCAGUUUUGGGCCACAUAAGGGAGAAGUAUAAAUUUGACCCAAAAGACUCAUUGAACUUUAAGACGGAACCUUUUAACACAGAUCCCACACUCUCUGAAAAAGCUCUCUGCCUCGUUUACAUCAUAGAUGCAAGUACAAUCGACUUCACAGAUGACAAACUCAUUGAGAAGCUGGAAGCGAUCCGCCUGAAACUCAAAGAAAAAGGGAUUCCUCAGGUGAUUGUCAUGACCAAGGUGGAUGAAGCAUGUCCACUGGUGAAGAACAAUCUAAGGAAGAUCUACCAUAGCAAAAAGAUCAAAGAGAAGAUGCAAAUGUGCAGUGACAAAGUUGGUGUGCCAAUGACCAGCAUCUUUCCAGUGAAGAACUACCAUGAAGAGAUUGACACAAAUGACACAAUUGAUGUUCUGAUUUUAAAAGCACUGGAUCAGAUUUUACAUAAUGCUGAUGAUCGACUGCGGGAGGGCGACAUUUAAAAUAUUAUGUAUAAUGAAUACAAGUGGAAUAAGAGUUCUAAAAUGUCUAGAAUGUCCAGAUUUUCCAAAUUUUUAAGAUUCUGUGUUUUUAUGAGGAAACAUUUCAUAAGGUCCUGUUGAACAUUUUCAAAUUUAUAUCUAGUAAUUUAGCACUUAUCUUUUUUUUAAGAAUUGCCUCAUUUUAUAUUCAUUUUAAGUAAACCAUGAAUAAAGAAUGAAAUUCAACCAGCAAAGGGCGUACUUGAGUUUCUGUAUUGUACUGUAUUGUUUAUUUCACAUGAUUUUUUCGAGCUUCACAGUGAGGAACACACAACCAUACCAGUGAGCAGCUAUUGCUGCGGUGCCUGUGAAACAGUUGGGGAGGUACGGUGCCUUACUCAAGGGUCUCACCUCAGCCGUGGUAUUCAAGGUGGAGGAGAGCACUGAUCAUUCACUUCCCCCACCUACAAUCCCUGCUGGUACUGAGGCUCAAACCGGCAACGUUUGGGUAACAAGUCCAAGUCUCUAACCAUUAGGCCACGACUA